GGCGACACAUCCUCCCUCGCUUUCCCCCACACCCCAACCCCACCCUUCCGUCCUCCCCCUUUCCCACGCCAAGAAACCACGCUGCGACCGCCCUCCUCAUCGUCCUCGAUCCCAAUCCCUCCUCGUCACGAUCGCAAACCGACAUCGACCCGUCCAGUCGGCUCCGCAUCGCCAGCCUGCAACUCACUCCUUCGGUGGGCGUGUCUGGUUCGUGCUCCCGCAGCGGAGGCUGGAGCCGAGAUGACAAUGCCGGGCUCUUCGGCGAGGCCGAGCUUCUCGGCCUUCCGCGGUGCCCGGUGGCGCGCCGAUCUCGGCGUCAUCCCCGGCUCCGCCGCCGUCUCCACCGACGAUCUCCGCCGCGCCGCCGCCGACUCCCGCCGGAGAUAUGCUAAUCUGCGGCGAAGGCUGCUAAUAGAUCCCCAUCUUUCCAAGGAUGAAGAAGGUGCCCCUGACUUGAUUGUGGAGAAUCCACUAUCGCAGAGCCCAGGGAGCACUUGGGGCCAAUAUUUCAGGAAUGCAGAGCUUGAGAAAAUGCUUAACCAAGAUCUGUCCCGCCUAUACCCUGAAUUGGGGGACUUCUUCCAAACAAGCACAUGUCAGUCUAUGCUUGGACGUGUAUUGUUAGUAUGGAGCCUCAGAUACCCAGAGUUUGGUUACAGACAAGGAAUGCAUGAACUCUUAGCUCCUCUUCUCUAUGUACUUCACGCUGAUGUGCAGCACUUCAGACAAGUCAGGGACCUUCAUGAAGAGCUUUUGGGUGAUGAUUUUGAUGGCCAAACUUUUCCAGAUCGUUCAAAGCUGAACAGAAGUGACAGAAAAAACAAUGUUGAGGGUAGAACAGCUAAAUUUAGAAGUUUGUCUGACCUUGAUCCUGAUACUAGAGAUCUUUUCUUGAUCAAUGAUGCAUAUGGAGCAGAGGGUGAGUUGGGUAUUAUUUUAUCAGAAAAGUUUAUGGAGCAUGAUGCUUACUCUAUGUUUGAGAAUUUGAUGAACGGUGCGCAAGGAGUGGUUGCUAUCACUGACUUCUAUUCUCUGAGUCCUGCCCCAGAAUCAAGCACGGGUUUAACACCUGUAAGAGAGGCAUCAUCUGCAAUAUAUCACUUGCUUGCUAGUGUUGAUUCCUCUCUUCAUAGUCACCUUGUGGAGUUAGGAGUUGAACCUCAGUACUUUGCAUUACGAUGGCUCCGCGUCCUAUUUGGUCGUGAGUUUUCACUUGACAGUCUUCUGUUUAUUUGGGAUGAGAUCUUAUCUUCUCCUAACCAUUCUUAUUGUACUGAAAUCAUGAGUAGGGCUGAUUAUCAGUUUAAAGUGUUAUGUUCUCCCCGUGGUGCGCUGAUUUUAUCGAUGGCAGUAUCAAUGAUGCUUCAUCUCAGAUCCUCCUUGUUAGGUAGUGAACAUGCGACUUCUUGCCUAGUGAGGUUGUUAAAUUUUCCAGAAGAUAUUGACUUAAAUAACUUAAUUGAGAAAGCCAAGUUACUGCAAUCUUUUGCCCUUGAAGCAAAUCUUCCUUCAUCUCCAAUGAGAGGAAAUUCCCUCUUGACUACACCCAACUAUUGGGAAGAGACAUGGAAGAUUCUCCAGCCAUCAAUGGACCAAAAGGGUGGUGGUGUCUUCAAGAUGAAGGGAAGGGGCUUCUUGAGAAGAAGCUUGUCUAACACUGAGUCGAAUGUUUCCAGAAGCAAGGCUGCUAAUUUUGAAAACAAAGAUAUGACUUCAACUACGCAGUCCACUACUGAUGAACUUCACAAUGCUGAUGUAGUUCCUGCAGAGCUGAUAAAUAGUGUGCCACACAUGCUUAUAGAAAAACAAAAGCAUCAUGUUGGUAAAGGUACUGCAGAGGCUAUUGGGAGUAAUUCAAAGAAUGCAUGUGAGACAGGCCAGCAUGAUGGUUACUGCUCAACUUCAGGUGAAAUUAGAGAUCCUCUUGGAGCAGCUAGUGGGUAUUUAUCGAGGAGCAGCAGUACCACUUUGUCAUGUGGAACUGAAUACGAUCAUGAUACCCAUCAUCUGGAAGAAACAUGUGGUCCCUGUGAUGACAGAGUGGUUAAUGAACCUGAUCCACUCUUUGUGCACGAUGGUAGAACUGAUGAAGCAGCAACAACAGAUCGAACAUCUGGAAUAGUGGAUACUUAUCCAGUUCAAGAGUGUAGACUGUGUUCUGCUGAUGGGAAGCUGAAAAUAAAAGAUGACCAAAAUUCCACUAGUGAUAAAGGUGGCCAAAAAGAAACAUUGGCAAUAUGUUCAAUAACAAAUGUGGCUGAUAAAGAGUUGAGCAGAACAUUAAGAUCUCUUGGUGAAUCUAUGGUUGAGAACAUACAGGAUAUCGAGAUGCUGUUUCAACCAAAUUCACUCUCGACUUCAGUGGAGAAACUUGAGAAAGCAAUUCCUAGAAGCACAGAGCAAGCUAAGGCAGUAGCAGCUCUAAAAGAACUCAGGAAGAUCAGUGACCUUUUACGUCAAAUCUAACCAGUACAGCUAUAAUUUCUUCCAUACAUACGGUGUUGAAGUUUUUUAUACGAAUCUCCAUUGGACAAUGGUUUUGAUGUAACAUGCUAACAGUAUAUAGCCAUCUGAUUGAUCGGUAAAUAGUAAUUUGUACAUGCCCCCUGUAAGCUGAUAAAUUGAACUGUACAUCUGAAACAGCUGCCUGCUGGUUGUGAAGUGAAGGUGGCAUACAUUUUUUUGGCUUGUGACCCAACAAUAAAUCUGCAAGGUUUCUGCGUUAUUAACCCUUUUUGCCAUUUCUUAUUUUGAGAACGGUGGCAAUUAAAGACGGCUGAUUAUUGUCCGUGUGAGAUGUGAAUACAGUGGCCACCUACCUCAUCUUAUGAAAGUGCAUUAAGGCUUGAGCUCAAUUCUAUAUCAUCCGAAAGUUUAUCAGCUGUUUAGAGAUUCACUUUCAAAACAUGUCAUUAGUUGAUAUGCGCUGAAAGAGCUGGAUUCAAUAUUGGUCCGAUCAUAUGCUUCAAGUUGGUUGAGUUGUGUUACAGUUAGCGUUUCUGUUUAUCGGUGUCGAAGCUGCGCCAGGUGAUGAUAUCAACCAUACAAGGUUGAGGCAUAAAAAAAAAUUACACUUGAUUCAUUUUGGCUUUUUAGAUACAUUUUUUUACUAUACUAGCAAACAUGGCAACGGAACUGUUGCAGUCAUCUUAAAAUCGGACUUCGUAAUUUAGCUAGAUGUGUAUUAUUCUAACUUGUAUAAGUAUAGGUCAUGAAUCUAGAUCACAAACGGAACAGAAAGGUGCAUGUGGAAGGUAAAUAUAACGGACAAAAUACAUUGGAUGGGAAACUACAGUAUGGUAUAUCAAGUUCUGUAAAGUAUAAAAGGAAUUAAGUUUGAUUCAUGCAGAGAAUGUCUGCACGACCCAAUAGCUUAGCUUCAACAAGAACUCACAAGGUGGAACAUAAAUGAAUAUAUCACCGAAGAUUGAUCGUGUUUCAAACUUGGUAAGGCCACGAUCAACGAUAAAUAGUGACGAACAAAAUUUUUCAUAGCAUGAGUUGUCCAUGUCACCUUACAACAAUGUCACCCACAAAAAAAAAA